AUGGAGGGUGGAAUGACUCCCAUGCCUGGUGGGGCAGCUGCUGGCCCGAAAUCGACUAGUAUGAUUUACAUUUGUGGAGAAUGUCAUUAUGAAAACGAAAUCCGUCCCAAGGACGCUAUUCGAUGUCGAGAGUGUGGCUACCGAAUCCUAUACAAGAAAAGAAGCAGGAAAUUGAUGGUGUAUGACGCUCGAUAA